AUGAAGACGCCCGGACUGGCGCCGCCGGGACCGUCCUCACAGUCUUACUUAACCGCGAAAACGAAUACGCCCUUGGCAUCCCCGAGACUGCCCUACUCGGUCGGCCAGCCAUGCCCACCAAAGUUGUCUCCAACCGCCGGCCGAGGAGCGGUGCAGUCUCCGAGUCCCAACUAUUUCAGCCUUGCCGUCGAGCCCGCCCUAGACCCCCGCGAUUCCUCUGCCAUACCCCACGAGAACUGGAGCCCGGCCUCCUCGUCGGUGAAGCCCUUCGCCGCCGCACUCCCAAAACACCUUCCGAUAGAUGCGAACCCAGACUUCGAGGCCUUUAGGAGGCAGAUUGACGCGAACCUGGGCCGGUCGGCUUUCAACCUUUCGGCUGGGAACUUUUCGAGUCUUAGCGGCAACCCGAAUGCACCUUCGACGCCUGCUUCGGCACCUUCAGCAAUACCACGUCCCCGGUUGCCGAGGUGGCACACACAUGGCAGUGAUGUCUUAGAGGGUCUGUCAGGCACCGGCACCGGCACCGGCACCGGCACCGGCAACAAGUCUGCCCUCACAAGUGCGCCUGCCGUCAAGAUGGACGUCGACACACACAGCUUACAUGAUUCAGCAUACGUAUCCUCGGAUUCGAAGCGCAACUCGGAGUCGUCGCUGGAUCCGUCAUCGUUCCUGAACAUGGGUCAGUUUGAAUCACCUGCCCAGAUGGAAUCUCCGUUCCCGGUGCCCGAACGCCGACGACAGGGUCUGUCCGCGUCCGCCGCGGUCCAAGACCGCCAACCGCACUUUUCGAGGACGCAGGGCAAACCGGACACAUGGCCAGCACUGGCUUCUGCAGCGACUCAACGGCCAGCGGGGCGGGACGGCGACGCCGGCCCCUCGAUGAUGACGCCAUCCCAAUUAAAAGACCUUAUCAGGGACGCGCCCGAGUCCGCGAUCUUGAUCCUAGAUGUGAGAGUCUCGCCACAAUACGCCCAGUCUCGCAUCAGCGGGGCGCUCAAUCUAUGCAUUCCGACGACGCUGCUUAAGCGAGCGACAUUCAACCUGCAGAAGCUGCAACAGACCUUCCAGGGGGGUCGGGAACAGGAGAAGUUUGCCAAGUGGCGGGACACGACCCAUCUCGUCGUCUAUGAUGCAUCCUCAUCCGAUAAACGGGAUGCCACCUCGGCCCUCAACAUGCUGAAGAAGUUUGCAAAUGAAGGGUACACGGGGUCCGCGAAUAUUCUUCGCGGCGGGUUUAAAGCUUUUGCUGCCUCUUAUCCCGACCUUAUCGACAGCAGCUCCAGCAGAUCUCCCGCUACCCUCUCUCUAGGGUCUCAUGCUAGCUCCAACGGCGGACUCCCAGUCCUGGCACCCGUCAUUGGCGGCGUCAUGCUGCCCGUCGCCGUCAACAACUCGAACCCGUUCUUCAGCAACAUCAGGCAGAACCAGGACCUCGUAGACGGUGUAGGCCAGCUAGAUAUAGCCGUCCCCCCCAGACUCGAUCCCGAGACCCUACCUCGAUGGUUGAGGGAUGCGGCUGAGAAGCCGGAUCAUGGCAAGAAGGUGUCGGACAGGUUUCUAGAGAUCGAGUUAAGGGAGAAAUCGAGGAUGACAGAUGCGUACUCGGUCUUCGUCCCCCCGGGCGUAACGACGGACGGCGCCCAGGAAACCAAGGUCCGGCUGUCUGGGAUUGAGCAAGGGGACAAGAACAGGUACAAAGAUAUCUUGCCGUUCGAGCACGCGAGGGUCCACCUGGGAGGAAAGCCGGCCGGUGGCUGCGACUACGUAAAUGCCAGCCAUCUAAAGGCGAGCCGGAGCCACAAACGAUACAUUGCCACGCAGGGCCCGCUGCCGGCAACGUUUGAGGAUUUCUGGUCUGUCAUAUGGGACCAAGAUGUCCGUGUCAUUGUCAUGCUCACGGCCGAGUCCGAGGGUGGCCAGCUCAAAUGCCACCAGUACUGGAAAGACAGGGAGUUCGGCGCCUUGAAGCUGAGGUCCUUGUCUGAGAAGAAGGUAUCUCUUGACCUCGACAAGCACCGGUCCGAGUCGAUGGUAACUCCGGGCUCGAAUGCCGCCCACUCCUUCUCGUGGAACACGACCCAGGCUGAGAUGGGCCGCCGCCGUGCAAACACCACCACAACACUAGAGUCGAGCACCCCUACGCCGGCGCAGCCAAACUUGGGAGGAAGCGACAAGACCCCCGCGGACGAGACGCCGUACGUCAUCAUUCGGAAAUUCGCCCUCAGUCAUGCGGCCCAUCCGUUCUCCCCCAUGCGCGAAAUCACUCAAAUGCACUACCCUUCGUGGCCAGACUUUGGUGCGCCUGCAGAGCCCAGCCACCUCCUCGCCCUGGUCGAGCUGGCGAACGUCAUGCAGAGGGCCGUCCUGCCAAUCAAUAUUUCUGGGUCUAUAUCAUCCGGAGGAGGCCCUAGGAUGGUCAGUAGAGGGAACAGCGACGUCGUCCCGGUGCAGUGGCACGACGCGCCAGAGUCGAACGAGAACUCCCGGCCCAUGCUGGUGCACUGCUCGGCCGGCUGCGGGCGGACUGGGGCGUUCUGCACCAUCGACACCGUCAUCGACAUGCUCAAGAGGCAGCGCCUGCGGGCUGUCAAGAAAGCCAACAAGAAGGCGGCCGAGGGGGAGAAGCGGAUCGCCGAGCAGAUGAUACGCGAGAACAUACGGGAGAAGCGGCGGGCGCUCGGGAAGGGCUCCGACGACGGAGACGUGCCCAUGGAUCGGAAAGCUACGGCGGCGAUGGCAGACGACGGGUGUGUCUCCCCCCUGGCCACGUUCCAAGAGCCUCCGCCCGACUGGCCCGGAGAGGUGUCGACGGGGCCCCCGACCGAGGACGAGGACGACGAGGGUAUCGACCUGAGCUGGCUCGACGAUGAGAGCGUGGACCUCAUCGCGCGCACGGUCGAGGACUUCCGCGGCCAGAGGCUCAGUAUGGUGCAGAGCCUGAGGCAGUUCGUCCUCUGCUACGAGGCCAUGCUGGAGUGGGUCUGGCGAGUGCAGCAGCGCGGGUCCUCGUCCUCGUCCUCCACAUCCUCAUCCUCAUCCUCCACGGCCGGGGGGGCAUCUUCCCGCGGCGGCGGCAGGGCUAGGAGCGGGAGCUUGGCCAUGUGA